AUGGCUCGCGCAGCAGCAGCAGCAGCAGCAGCUGCUGCUGCUGCUGCAGCCAUGCCGCCAGCUGCAGGCGGCCUCGGUUUGCUGCUGCUCCUGCUGCUGCAGGGGCCCUCUUCCAUGCAUGUUGUGGCUGCUGCUGCAGCAGAGCCCGCAGGGCCUGGCGGCGGUGCUGCGGACGGCGCUGCAGCAGCAGCAGCAGCUGCUGCUGCUGCAGCAGCCCACGACUACAGCAGCAACAGCAGCAGCAGCAGCAGCAGCCUGGUUUUCGACACAGAACUCUCCCCAGGAGCGCACAAUGUGCUGAUGCUGCUGCUGCUGCUGCUGUUUGUUGCUUGGCUGCUAAAUGUGCUGCCGCGGAUGAUAUCUUUGCUGCACAUUAGGAAGCACCUGGAGCUGCAGCCGGUUGUGUCAGCAGGCGUCGUUGCUGCUGCUGUUGCUGCUGCUGCUCAGGAAGCUUUGCUGCUGUCGGGGUUUGGCUGCUACCGCUCCGAGCUGCAGCAGCUAAUGCGCAUUCACUUCAAUAAGCUGCUGCAGCACAACAAACCUGCUGCUGCUGCUGCUAUGCCUCUGGUGGAAGUAAAGGCCUUUGCCUAUGACCCGCUGCCGCUGAGCCAAGGGGAGUUGGAGGAGGCGCAGCAGCAGCAGCAGCAGCAGCAGCACGAGCUGCUGCUGCUGCAGCAGGUGGACGCUGCUCCGCACAGCAGCAGCAGCAGCAGCCACGGCGGCUUCUUCGCUCCUGCUGCGGGCGGCUACAGCAGCAGCAGCAGCAGCCACCGCAGGGAGCGCAGCAGCAGCUGCAGCAGCACCUCGCAGCAGCGAGAGGCGCUGCUGAACACCCCGUCUGCUGCAUCUGCUGCUGCUGCUGCUGCAAGCGCUGCAGCCACUGCAGCAGCAGCAGCAGCUACUGCUGCUGCGCUGGCAGGCGGAGGCUUUGAGGUGUCUGUUGAUGCUGCAGCAGCAGCAGCUGUUAGGGGUUUGACUGGGGUUUGUGCUGAACAGCUGAAGGGCAGCAGCAGCAGCUCUGAAGACUCGCUGCUGUCUGGCUCUGCUCGGCGCCUCGCGCGUUUUCUGCCCAGCAGCAGAAGCAGCAGCAGCAGCAGCAGCAGCAGCAGCAGCAGCAGCCGUAAGCAGCAGCAGCGCGAGCGCCGCAGUUGCAGCAGCAGCAGCAGCAGCAGCAGUCGCUUCCACUGUGUGUGCUGA